AUGGACGCCUUCGAUGGCAGCCCACUUGUCUCGCCCACCAAAGCACGACAGGCCGCCAUUCAGGCCAAGGACUGGGCAUAUGUGAACUCCUGGCUCGGCCGACAAUACGCUCCAAAGCCUGUACCACAAUUCGAGCGCAAUGAAGAUACGUUACGCGUUCUCUUGACUAUGGCGGCAGCCAACGAGGCCGCAGAUGAGGAAGCAUCACUACAACAUCGUGCACGCGAAGAAGCAGUCCGUGCCUUCAAAACAAGAGAAGAAACAGAGCGCAAAAACUCACAUGAACGCCAAAAGAAGGAGAUCCUAGAUGAAGUGGAAAUGUGUCUAGAUGACCGGGGAAAGCGAGACUUGGAUGACCUUGCCGACUCAGCGGUUGUUCUGGGAAAUACAUUAAAUCCCGAGCCCGAAGAUCUAAGUUUAUCCAUUGUCGAGCUCACCGCCGAAGACUUCGAUACUCAAGAUCAACUGGAUAAGGUCGAAACACUGCACUGCUAUCUCCAGAAAGAGCUUUCACGAUUGCAGGCCAAUCUGGAGGAGCUCAAAACCAACAAGGCAUACGAAACGCCGGCCGAUACGCAAAGCUUGACGGCGGAGUGGACGCGAGGGACAAAGACUCUUACUACGAAAGUCGGAGAAUACCAGGAUCGCAUUGCAUCACUUGAAAGGAAUCAGCCUCGUGGCCCUACAAUUCAGGAGCUUAUGACGGAAGAAGAAAACGUGGUCCAGUUACGGGAAACGGUCAAAGCUCUUGAGGGGCGUGUCAAAGCUUUCCAUGACCUGCCUAGGGAUAUCCCGAGAGCACGAGCCAGAUACAAAGAGCUUGAACGUGAGCUGGACCAACUCACGCGGCAACGAGAAACCAUGUUCGUAAGUCUUGUAAAUAGACGAUGA